UAAAAAGUGAACUUUUUUUAUUUAUAUAAAUACAAUAUACAAGGUUAAUAAGAGGUAAAGAUAUAACAACAGGUUGCGAGAGUAUAAAAAUAACAUCAAGUAUCUCCAGGCAAUGAAGAGGCUACCUAUCCUUUAUCAAUUGGUUUGCUUUAUUAAAAUUUAAUGAUAUAUUAUAUUUAAACAGCAAUAUAUCAACCUAGCAAGUCGCACGUUCACAAGAGCUUCGGUUAGAAUUGUCAAUUAGAUUUUGAGAAACUAAUAUAAAGUUCAACAGAAAUAUCCGGUACCGCUGUUGAGUAAUUAGCCGAGAUAUGGCUUGCAGGGAAUUAUGUACCUGAUCUUAUCAAGAAAUGUUAAAUGAAAGUAUUUUUAAAUAUAUAUAUUAAUGAUGUUAAAAGCUUUCCUAUUUCCCACAGAAAUUAAAAUUAAAAUAUUAGUUUUGUUAAUCACAAAUGGGCAAUAUUAAAAGGUAAAAGGUAAAUUGCUAUCAAAAUGGACCAGUCAAUUUUGAUGUGAUCAAUUCUUAUAUACGACGCCAUAUACAUUGUGGGACGUGAACUUUAUUUUCCUCUAAGUUAGCAUCCAUACAGAGUUGAUUCCACAACAUAAUGCAUUUUCUAUCCAAGACCAGAACUAUUUACUUUUGACAGUGGGCACAAAUGUCAAAUCUCAACCUCAAUUAGAAUUUAGUUUGCUGCAACAUCUUAGUUAUAUUGGUUAAGUUCAUAAGCGCUAUACAAUGGCUCAUAAAUGUGAAACGUUAGGUUGUGGCAAAGAAGCCACCCUGCAAUGUCCAACCUGCUUGAAGUUGGGCAUACCAGGAUCCUUUUUUUGUUCGCAAGUUUGUUUUAAAGGAUUCUGGAAGGAACAUAAAGUUAUCCAUGCUCUGGCCGAGGGUGCAGGAAAACCAAAGGUAGAUAACACUGAAGCUGGUUACAAUCCCUGGCCACAUUAUCGUUUUACUGGUAAGUUACGCCCAUAUCCACAUACACCUAAACGCAAUGCGCCCGAGAAUAUAGAGCGGCCAGACUAUGCAGAUCAUCCAUCUGGUCGGGCUGCAUCGGAAGAGGCCAUGCGAGGAAACACUUCAAUUAAAGUCUUGGACGAUGACGAAAUUGAAGCUAUGCGCGUAGCUAGUAGACUUGGUCGAGAAUGUUUGGAUGAGGCAGGUAAAGCUGUGGAAGUCGGAGUUACCACGGACGAGUUAGAUAGACUUGUACACGAGGCCGCCAUUGAACGCGAUUGUUAUCCAUCACCGCUAAACUAUUACAACUUUCCUAAGUCUUGUUGCACCUCAGUUAAUGAGGUAAUAUGUCAUGGGAUACCAGAUUUGCGUCCAUUACAAGAUGGUGAUAUUUGUAAUAUUGAUGUUACCGUUUAUCAUCACGGAUUUCAUGGUGAUCUUAACGAAACCUUCUUCGUUGGUAAUGUUUCUGAAAAGCACAGGAAGUUAGUACGAGUCACUUAUGAAUCACUAUGCAAAGCCAUCGAAUUAGUGAGACCUGGCGUAAAAUAUAGGGAAAUUGGCAACGUCAUACAAAAACAUGUGGCGCCACAUGGUUUCAGCGUUGUGAAGAGCUACUGUGGUCAUGGCAUCCAUCGGCUUUUCCAUACUGCACCUAAUGUACCUCACUAUGCCAAAAACUCGGCUGUUGGUGUUAUGAAAGCUGGGCAUUGCUUCACAAUUGAACCAAUGAUAUCAGAAGGCGUAUCGAAAAAUGAACAAUGGCCCGAUAACUGGACAGCUGUGACAGGAGAUGGGCUCUAUUCUGCACAAUUUGAACAAACUCUAUUGGUAACAGAUAAUGGUUGCGAAAUUUUAACUCGUCGUCGAGAAAACAAUGGUCAACCAUGGUUCAUGGAUAAAAUAUAGAUGAUAAGAAAACCACAAGCAUUAACAAUAAAUGCCAAUACAGGAUGCUGACAAAGACACUACCACGAAAAACACACCUUUAAUAUAAUAUUUGGUGCAAAUGUCAUGCACUACUUCUAUGCCUUUCUCGUUCGUUAAAAGUCUACAAUUUUAAAAUAGAGUUUUUACGAAUUGAUAAGAAAUAUAUAUAAUAAAUCGUUGCUAAUUGCUA